UAGGAAUCAGGGCCGGGAUUCAUAAAGAUUCUAAGAUUUUUCUUAGAUUUCCUACUUAAGUACUAAAAAAAUUCUUAGCUAAGAAAAAUACUUAAGUAUCAAUUCAUAAAAAAGUUAAGCACUGUUCUUAGCUAAGUACAGUUCUUAGUAAUUUAGAAAACUUAAGUUGAGUCACCCUAGCAACGCAUAGUAUUUCCCAAACUAAAGGUGGAACUCUUGUGCGAUGGAGGUCGUAUUUUUAACAUGUUUUACGUCACAUCUGUCAAAUUUCGCAGACGUAAACAUGGAAAGCCACAAACGAAAGCCAAACUGGAGUAGUGAGGAGUCCUUGGCACUCACUACUCUUGUUGAAGAAUACAAGGAUGUUGUGAGAGGGAAACUAAGUCCCCAGUUAACCUCUCAAAUGAAGUCGAAAGCGUGGGGGGAGAUUGCGGUAAAACUUCGUGCUAUGAGUGUUGGGCCAACUCGAACGGCAGCAGAAGUUGAGAAAAAGUGGCACAACAUCUUCUCGAAGACAAAAACGGAGAUUUCCAACCACAGACGUAUAAUUACUGGUACAGGUGGUGGUCCUCCUCCGAAGUCAUUGAGUGCUGUAGCGGAAGCUGUUACUAGUGUAAUUGGGGCAAAUAACACUUGCCUGAUGGGUAUAGAGGGAGGCAUUGAUACGUCCCUGCUAAACCUAGAUAUACUUGGUGAUGAAUCUGUGGGAAUCCAUGUAAUUGAAGGACCUCCAGAUACAGAUCCCCACAUUCUUGGAUCAACUCCCCUAGAAGUAACAUCUGUCCUGGAGUCUUCAUUGCCAUUGGUAACCUCAGGCAAUAGCAACAGGGACAUUAACCUGAAAAGAAAAAUGGAAGAACUAACUUGCAGGAAGCUGGAACUAGAAGUCCAGUAUUUGGAAAUGAAAAUAAGAAAGCUUAAAAAAGAGGAAUGAACCAUCCUUAGAUUAAGAGACUGAUCAAUAUUUUUGCUGUUGUUUGUCAGCAUCUUCAGGCAGUUCAG